UACCUUUCACAGACUAUGGUUAUAUGUUUAUUUGUAGCAGAUGGUGUCUCAAAGGGAACAAUAUACUCUGUAGUUUCAAGAAAUACUCAUCUCACAGAGCCCAGAAUCUAUGAUGAAAUCCCUCAGUCCAAGAUGCUGUCCUGUAAGGAAGAGUCUGUGACCACCAUUUAUUCCUCAGUGCAGCUUUCUGAGAAGACGGGGAAAACCAACAUGAAGGAGGAAAGACUGCCCAAGACUUUGGAUAAUGAAAUUGUUGUCAAGGUGAGCAUGCAGUGUAUUCCCUCUGGAAACUGAGCUACAACCACUGUGAGGGCAGGUGUCCUGAAGACCUAGGCCUUGUCUGUCUACCCCUUUACUGGAACAUUGCAAAUCACCACAUUCCAUCUAAAAGCAGAGCAGGAAACCUUCUGUUGCUGGGCAUACCUUGUACCAUGUGAGCUUAUAAACACUCCCUAACUCAUCAAGUCCUUUGAAAAAUUUUCACUUCACAGGACAUAUAAAAGUUGAUUUUUGACACAAAGGAUGAAAUCAUGAAGGUUGUUCAUGUCUAUAGAAGACUGAAGAUGGAUGGAAGAUUCUUAUGUCAAUAUGUAACAUCACUGUCCAACAGCUAUGGGAAGAAAUCAAUCAAUAUUGUGAAUACCUCUAACACACCAUGGCAUACCAGCUACAUGUUUUUUGAAGAUUCAACAUGUGUAAGGAACCCUGAUGUGAGGGCUUCAGCAGUUGCUACAAUACUUUUUUUUUUUUUUUCGAGACAGGGUUUCUCUGUGUAGCCCUGGCUGUCCUGGAACUCGCUCUGUAGACCAGGCUGGCCUCAAACUCAGAAAUCUGCCUGCCUCUGUCUUCCAAGUGUUAGGAUUAAAGGCGUGCGCCACUGCUUCCCGGCAGCUACAGUACCUUAAGUAACUUAGGAAUGGCAUCUUUAGGGUAUACGUUACCCCUUACUUGAAUGAAUGCAUGCCAUGGCCAGCCAAGUGUAGGCUACAUGGCAGCCCUUCUUCAUUCCUCAGCUCAAGAAACAUCACGCAGGACACAACUGCAACUCUUAGCCCAAAUACAGAUGGCCAUGCUUCUUGGAAAGCUGUGGGAUGUGGCCCUAAUCCAGGUAGACACAUUCUCUUACUGUAGCACUAAAAUAUGUUCUUUCUGUACAGACUAGAGUGCUAGAGGUGUUGAGAAGCCUCACAGGAUUUCCUUUCUGGCCAAGCUUCCCUUCCCCAGGUUUUACUUCAGUCAGCCUCAGCAGGAAGACACACCAUGUCCAGGAGCCUCACUCUCCAAAAAGAAUGGGCCAGCUCCAGUUCUGAUAUUUUGAGGGAAGUGAGUGGAACCAAGCGAUCAAAACAAGAGAUCUUGAAGAAUGCAGAGUCAUUUGCCUUCCUAAGAGGGAACUUGAGCACUGACAGGGAAGAUGGUGAAACUGGAUUUAUUUCAGUUCCUGUAUUUCAGCUCAGAGAAGCAUAAGGUUCAAGCGAAGGUUGAGUUCCUUCACGCCGGCAUCCCCACAAAGUCGAUAUCAGCUGGCUAGCCAUGAAGAAGAAUCCUCUAGCUGGAGAGGACAGCAUGUGAUCAUCCGAGGACAUGUUUGUCUCUUGUGUUAGCAGUCCUUACCAGCGAAAUCCUAAAUGUCUGUAAACCUUACAGCCUAAAACCAGGCUGUACAGCAGGAAUGAGCCAUAUUUGGGCAUAAUGAAAUUGCCUGUCCCAUGAAGGUCUAAUUGUCCUCUGAAGAGGUGAAACUGACUUUUAUUUUCAAUAGUGUGCUAGUGUCUAUAUAGCAUUGCUCUGAUUUUCUGACAGGUGCCAUUUUUCUCCUAUUUUUAACCAUCUCUAAGUGAAAUGCAGCUCAUGCCCAUGAUUGUAUUCAUUCUGUUUUCAAAGUCUAUCGAUACCUGUCAAGUCCCAAAGAAACCCAGGACCAAAGGCUACCUGGGGUGUCUAUCAGCAUAUCACAGAGCACAGUCACACUCAGCACCUGCAGCUCCUCUCUGCUCUCCUCACUCCAGCCCCCUCUCCUUACCCUCUCCUUCUGAUUCCUAUAUAACCCUGCCAUUUUGUCCAUGCCCUAUCUUGGUUCCUCCCUCACAAUGGGUCCUCUUAGCCCACUCUUCUCUUCCUGUCUUGCUUGAACCCCACCAUCCUCAUGGCCUGGCCUAUUCUGCUAUCCAUGUUCAAUCUGCUACUUUCUCUCUUUGCUCUGGAUGCUUCCAGAUGCAUCUGGAUAUUCUCUCCCUCAUGUUGACAAUAAAAAACUUCUCCUCAA